ACAAUCGAAUUUUUUAUUGGCAUGUACAUUUUGUGAUUUCACUUCGGAGCUUCCUUGACUUGAUUGUGGCGAACAACGCUAUGUUUCUGUGUAAAUUGUAAUACGCCAUCAAGGUCCAAAUGGCAGACGUAGAUAGAGUUCGAAUACUGGUAGUCGGAGAUUCUGGUGUUGGAAAAUCAUCUCUAGUGCACUUGAUUUGCCACGACGAACCUCUCCUGAAGAGCUCAUGGACAGUAGGCUGCUCAGUCGACGUGAAGCUCUAUGAGACCUCCGUGGCACAGGGCACUACCAGUAAGACGUUCUGCAUUGAACUCUGGGAAAUUGGCGGCUUUUCUGGGCACAAGGGCAGCCGUUCCAUUUUCUAUCAGCCCUGCCAUGGUCUUAUCCUGGUCCACGACCUGACGAAUUGGAAGUCUCACGCAAACUUGAGCAAGUGGCUGACUGAAGUCACCCAAGCAGAUCAAAGUGGUACCGAUGGAGGAUUGGAGGCCAUAAGCACUGACUCUGAGCAUUUCGGUGCCGACCUCUUCCCGGUGCUCAUCAUUGGUACGAAACUGGAUCAGGUCGGUGGUGUUGGCUCCUUGCCACGACGCAAUGCCCUCACGGAGAGGACCGGCGCGGAUUCACUGUGUGUGGAUUGUCUUAACGAGCGGCAGUUCUCCCCAGGAUCAGCUCAUCGCCCUCAACUUCAUAACUUCUUCAACAAGGUGAUCGAGUCUCGCUUUUCUCAGCGCAAUGCAUCCAGCGUAGACCGGCGACGGACAAGUGGGCUAACAAGGUAGUCGGAAAAGACAGCUGAAGUUCAAGCACUCCGUCCACUGGCAUCCACUGCCAUGCAGAGUACGCGGCUUCAGAGCUAAGCUGAGUGGUGUUUUUUGCCGACUUUAUUGGCGGCUAUGUUGUACUGGAUCCUGGAGCUCUUACAUUAUUGGAUAGCUCUUGUUGACAAACUCCAAGCAUGGCUACUGAACCAAGCACGCCUGUGUUCCCUACACAGUUCACUGCUACACGUACACGUAUGGGUCCUCCCAGAGUUGUCACACCUACUUGAAGUAGAUAUCUACAGCCUCUUGAUCAGCACUGGUGACAUGGGUCUGUGUGUGUCUGAUGCCUGCUACUCGAAUCCUGCGAGCUUCACGCUUGUGUUCGAGAAAGGGAGCUGUCCGUCCUUCGCGUGAUGGUGGCUGUGUGGCAUGUGGUUGUCUGUGGCAUUCACGGGCCCGGGUUGCAUGUGAUAUACCUGGCUCUUAUGGAAAUUAUAGCACAGUUGUGUGUAGUGAGAGGACAGGUCUCGUUACAUCUUGUUUCAGGAAUGGAACGCAUUAUUGAUGAAAGAAAAGGCGCUCUUCUGAUCUGAGCCAAAUAGCCUGAUGCUGGCUCUCUGCCUCUGCUUUCAUGUUCAUAUAAUGUAGUUUUUUUUUAAAUCACGCUCUCACAGUACAAUGUACUUAGAUUUUGCUACAUUUUACUGUGCUUUUUUAACGUACCGAUAAUAUCAUAAUCGAUUUUCUUUUUACUGUGCUGAUUACUGCGAUGAGCAUGUAUUUCAACGCCCACUGUGUUGCAUGUUGCUGAAGGUUCUUACCUGUAUAUCUCUGUAGAAGUGCAACCAUUCUGCAUUGAACCUUCUUUUAUUAUUAUUAAAGUUAUUACUAUUAGAAGAGUAGAACCAUUGAGACAGUCGCCGGUCAGUAUUGCCGCGUUUGCUGCCUAUUUUUCACUUAGAUUUCUUAUCAAUUAACAUCUCGUAUAUUCACUUCGAAGUUGCGACUUCGGCGGUGUUAGUGAUGAAGUUGGGUGUUCCAACGAGGAACACACGCUUCCUGCCAUACUCGA